AGAGGAAUUCCAUAUAUUUUCACAUCUAGGAUUUACAUAUACAACAUAUACCACUGUCAAGGGGGAAGUUCUUAUUAUUUAGGUUAGCUAGGUAUUUCCAUUUCAAAAAAAAAAAAGGUAAAAAAUCAAAAUUGGGUUGCGCUAUAUAUAUGAAAGAGUAUACAAUAAUGAUGUAUUUGGCAAAUCAAAUACCAUGGUCUAAUAAUCAACCAUUCUGAUUAAUUGAUAAUAUUAGUAUUAGUUGGAAAUUUUGUGAAAGAUUCCUGUGAAAAGUUUCAUUAACGCGGAAUUCAUGUCGAGUAGACCUUGCUGUUGUGAGAAUUCUUAAUUCAUGAGUUGUAGGGAGGGAUUUAUGUCACCACAAACAGAGACUAAAGCAAGUGUUGGAUUCAAAGCUGGUGUUAAAGAGUACAAAUUGACUUAUUAUACUCCUGAGUACCAAACCAAGGAUACUGAUAUAUUGGCAGCAUUCCGAGUAACUCCUCAACCUGGAGUUCCACCUGAAGAAGCAGGGGCCGCGGUAGCUGCCGAAUCUUCUACUGGUACAUGGACAACUGUAUGGACCGAUGGACUUACCAGUCUUGAUCGUUACAAAGGGCGAUGCUACCGCAUCGAGCGUGUUGUUGGAGAAAAAGAUCAAUAU